GCUGGGUAACGUAGUUUCGCCACCGUAUCGAAAAUGGCGGACGUUCAGCCUCCUCCUUUCCGGAGCCUUGAUGAUUUUCUUUUCAGCUCGGCCCGAUUCUCCGUGCCAGAUGUCCGCAAUUUAGAGCGAUGGAACAACCGGAUAAUUAACAACUUGCUCUAUUACCAGACCAACUAUUUUGCCUCCGCUUUGGCUUUCCUGCUGAUAGUCGGUUACUUUUUCCUCACUCACUCUCUCUUCACUAUGCUCAGGUAUUUCCGGCCUUUUCAGCUUUUCCUUGGAGCGGCUGUGGUGAUCUCUGUGUUUCUGGGCUUCGUCUGGGCGGCGGAGAACAAGGCCACAGUGAGACGCUUCCGGAGGAACCAUCCUUCCAUCUGUCUGAUUGCCAUCUUGGGCUCCAGCUACUUCUUACUAUCUAUGCUUGGAGGGGUGGCCAUCUUUCUCUUUGGCAUCACCUUUCCUAUUUUAAUGAUUCUGGUCCAUGCGUCAGUCAGGCUACGGAGCUUAAAGAAUAAAGUGGAGAACAAGCUGGAGAGCAUUGGCCUGAAGAGGACACCUAUGGGUCUGCUGCUGGAGGCACUCGGUCAAGAGCAAGAGGCCGGCUCGUAGUGUUCGGUCCUGUCCCGAAGCAACCUUUCAGCAACCUUCCCUUAAGUCCUAAAUGCUAUAAGCAGUAUGUUUUUACUUAUGUGCCAUUGUUUCGACAAAACACAAAGGGCUUUGGGGAAGAAAAAUAGGAGUAUGUACAGUUGAGUGCAAAAGUUUGCAUCCCCUCCAGUGUUUAAUGGCAAAAUACAAGGUAAAAUCAACAGAAAAAUAGUUCAACCAUGAGGUUUUAAACUAAUAAUUUUUUUUUUCUCCACUAGUCAUGUCUUACCAUGAACCGUUUGACUAUUUUCUAUUACCUGUGAUCAUGAAGGAGCAUCUGUGAAACAAAAACACUAAAUGUUAUUUUCAUCCAUUACAUUUUUGCAUUUCUCAUUAAACUAAGGGUAUGCAAACCUUUUCCACUCAACUUUCUUUUAAGUGAAGGAUAAUUAAAUGAAAGUCUACAUCGUACCUGCCUUUAACACUCUUAGGUUUAUGAUUUUAUCGCAUUGAAAAUGGGCGUUUUAUCUGUGCAUUGAAAAUGCCAAUGUUUUUUUAUACUUUGGAAUGAUUUCUGUUCUUGUUGCACAUCUACACUUUAGUUCAUUACCUUUCUUUAUUUCUGCCAACAUUCCCCAAGUAACGAGGGCCUUGUUGAUUUCUAGACAUGUUGUUCGUGACCAAUGCAUCACAUCUUGUAUUUAGAACACAUUCAAUUAUUUAUAAGUUAUUUGGUAGAUCAGGUGAUGGUAUGUGGAGAUUCCCACUAAUGACGGAUUCAUUAUUGGGUUUAAACACUACCCCUGUUUAUAUUUUGGGUGUUCGAGUUGUUUAGGUGUUCACACAAUUCCCCAAGUAUUAUAAAGAUGUAUUUGCUCUGGCUUUGUCUGAAAUGGACCUCAGCUUGUCAGUCUGUUAUUGAAUGUCGAAUCUUUUCUUGUUUGUUUUGUCAAUAAAACUGACAUGAUUUUCUAA